CGGGCGGUGCGCGGGGCCGGCCGGGAGCGGCCGGGCCGGGGCUGCGGGGACGAGCGAGCGGCCGCGCCGGGCCGGGCCGGGCCGGGCCGGGCCAUGGCGGCCGAGGGGAAGGUGACGGGGCAGAGCCAGGAGCAGUUCCUGCUGCUGGCCAAGGCGGCCCGCGGCGCCGCGCUCGCCAGCCUGAUCCACCAGGUGUUGGAGGCCCCGGGCAUCUACGUGUUCGGGGAGCUGCUGGACAUGCCCGCCGUCCGCGAGCUGGCCGACAGCGAGUUCUCCCCCGUGUUCCGCCUCCUCACCAUCUUCGCCUACGGCACCUACGCGGACUACCUGGCUGAAGCAGCAAACCUCCCUCCCUUGACAGAGGCCCAGAAGAACAAACUUAGGCACCUGUCAGUCGUCACUCUGGCUGCCAAAAUCAAGUGCAUCCCCUACUCAGUGCUGCUGGAGCAGUUGCAGCUGAAGAAUGUCCGGCAGCUGGAGGACCUGGUGAUCGAGGCUGUGUAUGCAGAUGUGCUUCGGGGGAGCUUGGAUCAACGGAACCAGCGCCUGGAGGUGGAUUACAGCAUUGGGAGGGACAUCCGGAGGGAGGAGCUUAGCACCAUCACCCGCACAUUGCAGGAGUGGUGCCAGGGCUGCGAGGUUGUGCUGUCAGGCAUCGAAGAGCAGGUCAGCCGGGCCAACCAGCACAAAGAGCAACAGCUGGCCCUGAAGCAGCAGAUCGAGAGCGAGGUGGCAAACCUGAAGAAGACCAUUAAAGUGACAACAGCAGCCGCUGCAGCAGCCACAUCCCAAGACCCAGAGCAGCACCUCACGGAGCUCAGGGAGCCAGCCCCUGGCACCAACCAGCGCCAGGCGAGCAAGAAAACCUCCAAAGCCAAAGGGCUCCGGGGCAGCACGAAGAUUUGGUCUAAAUCAAACUAGUUGGAUCUCCCUUCACAACUGGGAGGGAAAAUCCAGUAGUACCACUGAACUGCCCUGAUGUGGUGCUUCAAUUCGUCCAAUUUGAAGGUGACAGCUAUGGGAGAAGGAGCAAGAAGGGAUUUUGUCUCCCUUGGAUGGAAAAGGAUGACUUGGAACCACAUCCUGCCAUCUGAAAUAAAUACUGUUUGAUUUUCAUGUUGAGAACAUCCGGCCUCCUCUUCCUCCAUCUUUCUGGCACAGCUGUCAGAAACAUUUCAGAAAUGGAAGAAUCUCAUCCCAACCUUUCCCGUGCCCUGAUACAGGAGGUAGAUUGCUUUUAAGGGCAAACCAUUUCACUUGAAACUGUAACUCAUAGGAAAAAAUUAACCCCAGGAAGGUUUGGAAAAAUCCCUCCUGCUUUCUGAAGCCAGAAGUGCAUGUACCAUGUCAGCCUGGGACAGGCAAAGGGCUUGCUCUCUCUAUAUACUUCCCCUGCUUCCUGGUUUGGGAUCUCUAAAACUCUCCCCUGAGCUCCUGCCUUAACACAAAGUUCUCCUCUCACUGAAGUUCUUUCCCAUAUUCCUAGACCAGCAGUGCCUUGCUGCCCCUGGAGAAGGCUGAGACCUUGGGAAUGACUGUGCAGCAGUCAGCAAGGCUCAGGAGCCAGGUAAAUCCCCUCCCACUGCCGAGUGCAAGAGCACGCAAGGGUCCUACCUAAAUCAGUAAUCAGGACAGCACCCAACAGGGAGCAAAGGCUGAAUCCAGAUAAAAGGAUUUGGGAUUAGAUCAAGAUUAGGAAAUCCAUGCCCAAAGAGGAAUGGAUCCUCAUGAUCAAAGGUCAGUGUUAAUCCCCACCACCAUCACGGCCGUCUUCCGGUUUGUUGUAGACAGGUAGAAGAAUUAGAAAAGAAAGGCCUCAUAAAAUCAGGCCAGCUCUGUUAAAUUAAUAGCUAGCCUGUCAUUUCUUCUAAGUGCAGCUAAGUAAUUUGCAAGUUCCCAUGUGAAAACAAUCUUGGUAUGAGAGCUCGUUAACACAACUUAUUCUUGAGUGAAAAACAACUAGCACCUGCAUAAACAAUAAGAUCUGCCUCAUGAGACUCAGUAGAAAAAAUAUAUAAACUAACUAUAAAUACAAAAGUUUGAUAGACAUGCAAAAUACUAUGUACUGAUCAAUGAACUAAGUGUGAAUGUAUUGUCCACCAGUAAGAUCUGACACAUGCCUUCUGAUAAUCCUAUAAAAUAUGACCUAUACAAUAAAAUUUGGCUUUUCUGCGUGAA